GUGCGACGUCUGGCCCGAUGUCUCCCCCGCCGCGCCCGGACAUGGACCCGCCAAGAGUCCGAAAAGGGAAGACCGGCCGCGGAGCCGGCGCUCGCGGAUCGCAGAGGGUCGCCAGCAGAACGUCGCGAAGAGCCGCGCCGGAGGACCCCGCGCCCUCCGGAUCAGAGGCGGCUAGAGAAUGUGCAGUGCAGCUGCGCAAAAUAGGCGACAAAAAGAACCUCCAGCAGAGGAUUCUUAACCUGAUUUCAAAGCUGUUCUGUCCAGGAACAUGAGAAUGUUUGGAAUAAAAGGAAAGGAAACCGAGAAAAAGAACAAAGAAUGAUCUAGAAGAUGUGAUCUUUAUAAAAGAGAAGUCAUGAAGGAACUUUUUCGAGAUGAAGGAGCUGAUGGCAUGUUUCCUGUGCUUUUCUUCAGCCUGUUUCCUGCUGCCAGGGAAGGCUCUUGUAAUAUGAUUUGGAAAGUGUGCUAGCAAAUAUAAACAAAGAGAUUGGGAGAGAACUGGAAUUUACUGUUUACCAACAAUGCUGAACUGUGAAGGACACUGGAAAAAGAAGGAAUCUGGGAGUGGUGAUCCGCAUGCUUAUUUCUGCAGUUCUGGAAUCCCUGGGCAGCUGCUAUGCUGUGAUGGAAGUUUAUGGAAUUUCAAGCAUAGCAAAGAGCAACAUUUUUUAAAAUUAAACUCUAGAUGUCCAUGCACAUUGCAAAUCAGUCACUUGGUGCCACAUUCUUAUUUAUAAUUCUUAUUUUCUAGAGUUUGGAAUCCCCAUCUGCUAACCUGGGGAAAGGGAUGGUUUACUUGUGUACGUUUUGUUGAAAUGAAUAUUCCUUGUUACUUGUUUAUGGGUUAUUUUCUAAUGAAUUAAAGUGUAUUCUGAUAAAUUUUGACACCGAAGCUGGUACACCACAGUACCACAUAGUGAUACGUGCCCUAUGGGUAGGAUAUUAUAUGAAUUUUUAUUUUUAUGCUUUAUUUUUUGAACAUUCAUAGAUAAGCUUUAGUUAAAUUGGUUACCAGCCAGAAUGAAAUACUCUGAAUGAUCCAAACCAUGCCUGACAAAAAACUGGAGAGUGAAGGAAAAGGAUGUCUUUUUAGAAAAUUUACAGUAUUCUUAGUCCUACAAAAUGAAUUGUGCAAGUUUUUUGUCAGUAUGUGAUCUCUGUGUAUAUAAAAAAGGACAGGUUUGCUAACAGUGUUAGAAAUUCUUGAACAGAAUAAGCUUUGGAAACAAAAAGGAAAUUCAAAGUUACUUCAAAACACAACCUCUCAGAGGAAAAGAAUUAGGGUUUUGUUUUAUUUUGUUUUUUAACACUAAGAAAAACAAUCCCAUUGUUCAAAAUAUGUCAGCCAGAUGAAAUGUUACAUACAUCUUUUGGAUAAGGAAAAUUUAAAAUAGGGAGCUUUGCCUGAUUCAAGAUCAGGUGUGUGUAUGGAUCACUUUUGUGUAUGGUAUUUCGUGGAAGUUGUCAGGAUCCACUGUAUGCAUUUAAAUGGACUUGAAAGGUUUCAAAGCCCAAACGUUUGGGGAAUCAUUAGUAUCAGAAUUGCUGGAUUCAAGAAUUUGAGUUAAUGGUAAACUAAUCUCAGUAGCCAGCAACUUUUUCAUAUAUAUACUAAAUGACAGAACAUACAUUAACCUGAACAAUAGACACAUUAGGAAUUGUCUGGAAAUAAGGCAUUCUUCUGCCAACCACAUUGCAAAAUUCAGUAAUAAAUCAGUGAUAAUGCAAACUGAAAACAUUUUUCAGUAAUUAUUCAUGAAUAGUUAUAUUAAAACACUAUUCAAAGCUAGUUUAUUUGCCUUGAUGCCCCCUUUGGAAUGUGCUACAUAAAUGACAAUUGUCAAAAUCAGUAAGACAUUGGCAUUUGGGUUCGUGAAGUUUUUUAGUUAACCAAAGACUUUUAUAGAAAUCUGAUUUACCAACAUGACUUCCUUUUAGUACACAUUGCCAGAUUGAUUGCAUUAAGCAUUCAGGGAAACAAAUACCUGUAGAAUUAUGAGGUGCCAUUUGACACAUAUUAUAUUUAUUUAUAUUUCUUGUUAAUGAAGGUUGUUUUUCUUUGUGCAUUGAAUUGCGCAGUAUAGUGUUGCUUCACCAAGGAUAUAUGUUUUUGUCAUGAUACCGUUUACAGCAGAACUUGUUCACCGUUUCUUAGGACCAGUGUCUAUGUGUGCUUCUUUGCAAAUGGAUUUUGUUUUUGGUCUUGCAAGUGUUUUUGUGAUAAUAUCUUUCUAAAUUAAUAAACUUGAGGUGUUUGCAAAAUAA